AAAGAGGGAGGAUAAUUGGAGUGCGUCGGAAUCAGGAACCCUAGUGUUCUUCACCACCAGCGUUCUCAUUCCGCAUAAUCGAUAUUUCACUGCGAAUUCCGAUCGCCGAUCGCCGGUUUCCGGUUUCUAAUUACUCUCAGGGUUAGAAAUGGCUGAGGAGAAGACGGUGAAGAUCGCCGGUGGUGACGUCGAGGACGGCGGCGAUGAUUUCUAUGAUGCUACUCAGACGGCGUCGCUGAGCCGGAAGGUGUCGUCGUUGGAGUGGGAGAAGGGGGAGCUGGAGCGAGAGAAUAGAGAGACGAAGGAGAAGAUUGGCUUGCUGACUAAGGAGGUUGAGGCUUUGAAGAGCGGCGAGAGCGCGUUGAAGCAGAAGCUCAGGGAGGUGGAGCUGGAGGUGGAGAGGAACAAUGAGGGCAAGAAUGUGCUGGAGAGCGUUGCGAAUCGAGCCAUGGAGCUUGAGACUGAGGUGUCGAGGCUGCAGCAGGAUUUGAUCACUGCUAUGGCGGAGGCCGAGGAGGCGAAUACCGAGCUUGCGGAGAUGAAGCGAGUGGUGGUGGAGAAGGGGGAGAGGAUUGAUGGCUUGGAGAAGGAGAUUGAGGCUCUGAAGAAGAAGAAGACGGAGAGCGAGAAGAGGGUUAGGGAAUUGGAGAGAAAUAUUGGGGUUCUGGAAGUGAAGGAAAUUGAGGAGAGGAGCAAGAGGGUUAGGGUGGAGGAGGAAAUGAGAGAGAGGCUUGAGUCUAAAGAGGGUGAAGUCAUUCUGUUCAAGAGGAAGAUUGAGGAGUUGGAAUCGGUGAUUGGGAAGAACGGCAUUGAGUUGCAAAAGUGGAUGAAGGAGAAGAGUAAUGUUGAGCUAGCGUUGAGGGAAUCGGAGGAUAAGUCUAAGGCUAUGGAGUUGAAGAUGGGACAACUUCAGAAGGAUGUGGUGGAGGCUGGAAGGGUUAUCAAUGAAUUUAAGGAGAAGACUGUUGGGAACAUUAAUGGGACUGUGAAUGAAAUGAAGGAGAUUCUGGAAGGCGGAAAUGAUACAGGAUCGAAGGGAUUGAGCUUGCCUGUGGUUGCAGGGUCUGCUGGAGCCAUUGUUGCUGUGGCGGCUGUCGUCUUUGUGUUGUAUGGAAGACGGAGGUGAUUGAAUACUAUGCAGCAAAUGAGAAAAACUGACAAGCAGGGAGAAAGCUCGAGGUUAGGGCUUUUUGCUUGAGAGCAAAUUACAAUUUUGUCAAGUACUAAAGGCUUUUUGGUUGGCUUUGCUUUUUUAACUAGCCUAUUGAUGUCUUGUUAGCUCUAAUUUGUGAUCCUAUCUUGUUUGGUUGACUUGCUAUGGUUGUGGACAAAUUACAUAAAUAUAUAUUUUUGGAGGAUUAUAGUGUU